AUGAAGGAAACUCUUUUCAGUAGGCGUGAGAGGUACGUCACUGCACUCCUAGAAACAUCUGAUUCAGAAGAAGAAGAAGAAGAAGAAGAAGAAGAAGAAGAGGACAAUGACAUAGGGCCACAAACACACAUAACCGAAGAGGAAUACAGAAGGCUCCUCGAAAAAAGUGCAUACAAACGAGGUCAAAGACGCCCUAGACAAUCGGGACAACAACAACCAGCCCCUAAACUCAGCAAGGACGAAUUACAACUACCGAGAAAAGAAAAAGAAGAAGAAGAAGAAGAAAAGGACAUUGACAUAUUGCCACCAACACACAUAACCGAAGAGGACUACAGAGGGCUCCUCGAACAAAAUGCAUACAAACGAGGUCAAAGACGCCCUAGACAACCGGGACAACAACAAAGCGCUCGACGAACCAGCCCCCAAACUCAGCAAGGACAAAUUACGACUACCGAGAAGUACCAGAUCUCCAGUUGCGGAGCGGUUACUCCUCAUUCCUACAAUUAUAUCUGUACAGACUAUACGAAAUAA